CUGUCAAGGGAGGGCAGAGGCCUGGACCCCCGCUCCCCCACCGCAACGGAUCAGGACCCUCAGGACUCUGACCUGCCGGGGAGACACGUGUCCAGGAAGAAUACGGGAACCUGCUGCUUCCUGGAGAGAAUUGACAGCGUCAGCCUGGUGGACUACACGCCCACGGACCAGGACCUCCUCAGGUGCAGAGUUCUGACGUCAGGGAUUUUCGAGACACGAUUCCAAGUGGACAAAGUCAACUUCCACAUGUUUGACGUCGGAGGCCAGAGGGACGAGAGAAGAAAAUGGAUCCAGUGCUUCAACGACGUCACCGCCAUCAUCUACGUGGCCGCCUGCAGCAGCUACAACAUGGUGAUCCGGGAAGAUAACAAUACCAACCGCCUACGGGAGUCCCUGGACCUUUUCGAGAGCAUCUGGAACAACAGGUGGUUACGGACCAUUUCCAUCAUCUUGUUCUUGAACAAACAGGAUAUGCUGGCAGAAAAAGUCUUGGCAGGGAAAUCAAAAAUUGAAGACUAUUUCCCAGAGUAUGCAAAUUAUACUGUUCCUGAAGACGCAACACCAGAUGCGGGAGAAGAUCCCAAAGUCACAAGAGCUAAGUUCUUCAUCCGGGAUCUGUUCUUGCACGGCCACAGGCGACGGCAAGCACUACUGCUACCCGCAUUUCACGUGUGCCGUGGACACGGAGAACAUCCGCCGCGUCUUCAACGACUGCAGGGACAUCAUCCAGCGGAUGCACCUCAAGCAGUACGAGCUCCUGUGAGCCCCCCAACCCCGCCCCGCAUCCCAGGGCCGCCCAGCACAGAGCAGCGAGUCCCCGUCCAUUGUGCGGGCUCUCGUGACCGCCGGGCCCCCGGCCACCUCUGCCCCCGCCUCCCCGCCCCGGUCUGUGUGGGGGUGAGGGGGCCCCGACUCAUGGAGAACUUGGCAGAUGGGGAGACGCAGUGGCCCAAGCGUGACGGGGCGUCGCCCUUCUGACCCCAUGGGCCCACGACUCAGAGGAGCCCCCAAGCCGCUGUGGGGACAGAACCCCCUUCAGUCCUGUCUCCAGGGGCGGCUGGCCUCAGCCUCUGUGUCAGAGCCCCUCUGACCGUCCACACAUCAGCAGAAACCCCCCCCCUCGCUCUGGCCACAUAUGUCCCGUCCACGAUGGUCCCCAGACUCACGCUGCUCAGGCAACGGCCUCCUUUCAUAGGUUCUUUUUGUUGUUUUACUGCUGGUUUAUUACACUGUACAGACCACGAAAUGUAAUAUUAUUUUGUAUAACUACUCAAGGAAAAUCCCUGUAGAUCUCCGUGCCUUGACUAUGGCUGUCCCUGUAAAAGAAACGUGUUUCUGUUGUGCUGAACAGCUGUCAUCAUACUGCCGCUUGCUCUGAGAAAGGGAGUGAACGGUGUAUAGAGAGUUUAGGGUGUUUUAUCAGGUUGGUACUUUUUAACAAUAGUCCUUGAUAAAUAUAUAUAUAUAUAAAUUUAUAUAAAUAUAAAUGAUACACAUUAAUCAUCCACAUUUCACAAAAUGCCACACCCACAUCACAGGCUUCUUUCGGGGAACCAAGGAUGUUUUUUCUCUCCAGAAAACAUGUUUCUCAAUUAUCUGGCAAUUUAAAGACUUUUCCAAGGUCACCCAUUCCCUUAGUCAAAGUUUUUGAUCCACUUACUUGACCACAGGUCUCAUCGUAAACAAAGAGCGAGAAAAAGACAAGGGUUCCAGGCUUGUGUCUGGCCUUGGAGAAUCAAAGGAUAGAACGUGAUUUGCCUUUUGAAGAAGAAACAUUACAAAACCUUUAUUUGAAAUACAAAGUCAAAAUACAUGGCUGUUUCUCAACCUUGCAAGACUUUGCAAAUGCAGCCUCAUGAGUUACAUCCAGCUCAAGACCUCGAAAGCCGUUCUCGUCUACCCAUGGCCCUGAGGGCGGUUUUCUCAGGUCAAAGGCAAUCUUUUAAAUUGUCCAAGGUUAUAUUUCAACGACACAAAUGCAGAGAUGGGGCAGCCUAGCCUGCGUCACCGCAUUAACUUCCAUUUCGUCUUUUAGUCUUUAAUAUUUUUAAGUUUACUCUAUAAAGCAGCAUCUUAUAAUCCUUUGUAAACUCAUCCACAUUUAAAUACUGCUCUUCCAUGAAAUAAAGGAUGACAACUUUACAGACAAUGCACCGUCACACUUUUUUUAUUUCAUUAUCAUCGAAUUCCUGUUCCUGUCAUCCUUAUUUCAUAAAACUCAGUUGAACUGAGACAUAUAAAGUGGAAAUGAUUUUCAGUUUCCAUUGCAUUUUCAGAGUAAAACAUGAAAAUCUGAAGAGCUACAGCCCCACACAUACACCCAAAAAAAUGAAGUUGUAUAUUUUUACAUGCAUUAUUAUUCAACAAUUCCGCUGUAACUAAACUUCCUAUUUAAAAGUCUGAUUGAAGAGCCAGACUCUUAGGGGAAAAAAACACAAAAAGAAUACAUUUUAUCAGCUUUAAAAUUACCAAGGCAUAUUUAUUUUUAAAUACCAAAAGCCUCUUCCUGGUCCAUUUUUCAAGUUUCUUUUGAGCACUGACAGGCAUUCAAUUCAAAUUUAACAACUUGGUCUGCUGGAGAGAAAAUUACACUCACCUAAAAAUCUGAUUCCAGGGACUUCCCUGGCGGUACAGUGGUCAAGACUCUGUGCUUCCACUGCAGGGGGCACAGGUUUGAUCCCUGGUCAGGGAACUAAGAUCCCGCAUGCCGCGUGGUACAGCCAAAAAAAAUUAAUAAAAAUCUGAUUCCAUUAAUUUAGCACAGAAAUACAAAAGUCUUGAGAACAAUGUAUACCUGCUUGUAGCAUCUGUAUUUUAUUUUAAGUAUACAGCUUUAUAAAAUAUAAGAACUUGAGAACUACUCAUAGGCGGACAGAAGCAAACCCAGCAUUUGUGAACAGCUAACCCUCCGUCUUGGGGAAGGAAGGCUGUCUAGUGCAUGCAAGUGAUGACAUUCAUAGCUUUUACACACUGUACAGACACAAUCUUUGAUUACACAUAUAUUUGAUAAAACUAGAAGACAGACCGGCUGUAGAGACAAGUCCCAUUUUCACAGCGUGAGAACAGCACAAUCAACUAUUGAUUCUGCAGGACUCUGCACCAGCAACCCAGAUCCUACGAGCCGUGCCCAUGGCCCACUUUGGUCUCGCCCUCCGUAAGCACUGCCCGAAGUUCAGUUUCGUUGGUUUCAGGACUUACUACU